ACUCACGUGAGGAUUUGUUAUUGUUUUAGGUUUGCGCAAUCGUUCUCAUGAUCGCGGGAAGUCAAUAUUCGUUUCACUUUACUUCAAUAUAAACUAAUUGAUUAUUAGACAUCAACGAGAAUAGCGGCUCCCCGAGAAUAGCGGUAGACAUUUAACUUGUGUACGACGAUAUUACUACGCACAAUCAAGUGACAGUGGAUCGGCCAUACAGAAAAUAUAUUUAGUUUGGUUGAGGAGUCUCUGAAAAACAGGCAAAAUGGUGGAAGGGGGAAUGAAAUGCGUGAAAAUUCUACUACUUGUGUUUAAUCUUAUAUUCGUGAUUGCUGGAGCCGGUCUCAUUGGAGCUGGAGCCGCAGUCCAACUGAAAUUCAAGGACUACUUUGCACUACUAGGGGGACAGUUUAGUUCGGCAGCGGCGCUGCUCAUAGCUGUCGGAGUCAUCAUCUUCUUCAUUGCCCUCUUCGGGUGCAUUGGAGCAUGGAAGGAGAACCACUGCUGUGUUAUGAUCUAUGCUGUCCUGUUGGUCAUCAUAUUCAUCUUAGAAAUCUCGGCGGGAAUAGCGGGCUAUGUGUACCAUGGAGAGGUUGAGACGGAGGUUAAGAAGAUGAUGACGGAGACCCAGGCUGAGUACACUAAAUCCGCAGGGGAUAAGGCCAAAGUGUGGGACACCAUCCAGAAAGAGUUCAAAUGUUGUGGAGUGUCCAACUAUACAGAGUGGAAGCCUCAGUUCCAAAAUAGCACCACACAAGUUGUCCCCAAAUCUUGCUGCAAGCCAGCCAGCAACUGUACAGGAAGUCAAGCAGAUAUUAACGCAGAUAAGAUAUAUACAGAGGGAUGUUUAACAAAGUUUGAGACCUUUGUCAAAGACAAUGUCUUCAUCAUUGGCGGUGUUGGAAUUGGUCUGGCUUUUGUUCAGAUUAUUGGAAUCCUCUUUGCUUUCUGCCUGGCACGUGCUCUUAGAAAGGAGUAUGAAGUAGUGUAAUAAUUGAAAUAGUAAUUUCCAAAGAGGCUGUCACACUGAACUAAAAAGAACAAUACACUAUGGAUGGAAAAAGUGGAGAAAUUUUAAGGGGGGAUGGUACUUUUGAUUUAAAUUUUCAUGAAUUUCAUUUGAAAAAAAAAACAUGUACAAAAAAAAGAAAGAUCAUAGUUUUAAAAAUGCAUUUGUCCACCAUUGCUUGUUGAAUUUAAUGUUGUAAGACUGGGAAUUGUUAAGCUUGAGUGAACUCUGUCCUCUUCUGUUACACCGUAUGACUUUUUAUCAUACAGCAUCCUUUAGACAAGUAUUAAUCAUUUUGUGCUCUGUAGUUAUCCAGUAUUGUGGUAUGGGGUAUGGUCUUUUCUGUUCGCGUUGAAUUACAUGUAGACAGAUAUUUUGGGUUUUUUUUCCGCUAUGAAUGUUAACAGGCACCAAGAAUAUACAUGUAUAUGUUUACAUAUUGCUGUGUACUACCAGUUGUUCUCUCCAAGAUGAAGACUUUCGUGGGUUUGUAAAAAAAUUUAAUCGUUGCUCUUUUAUUGUCAUUUAUUUCUCCAAUUUUUUUUUUCUUCAUCGUUUGCAUAUAUGUUUUGAGGUCACAGUGAAACUGCAUUAGUUUCGUGUUAGCAAAAUUUUGGGAGUAUUUGGAGAAAAGUAAAAGGCAACUUGAUUUUGAUGGUUAUUUAGAAAAAUAGAACAGCUUAAGACCAUUCUAUUUUCUUUCUAGGUUUCAUUUUGUAAAGAGCUUACAUGAGUAAGAUAUACUUACGGUACUGUUGGUUUUUUUUAUUCAUCUUUAGAAUUUAUUUUUGUGAAAGAAAAAACGUCAUCUUUAAUACAUUUUUUUUUUCAUAACAGUGAACUGUUUUUUGCGAUAUAGCUGUUAUAAAUGUUUUCAAGGCUUAAAAGUUGUUGUAUUUAAAUAAAUAUUUAUUUCAAGGGACAAAUUUCAUGGUUAAAAACUAUUUUUAUACAAAAGUGUAUUUUGAUAAUUGCUCAGAAAUUGACAUUAGAAUAUAUUAUUUUGACUCUCAAAUUAUAAUGAAAAGAAAAAGACUUAUAGUUCAUGUUACAAAAAAAAUUACUGUGCCUUUUAAUUUUUAGACAAAGGAAGUAAUGUGGGAAUAUUUUUACAAGUCUUUAAUUCAGAUUCAAAUGUUAUCUAAGUACGAUUGUUGCUAUUAACUUUUGACUAUUGAGGUAUAUAUAUAUAUAUAUAUAUUGUGUAAUUUUCUGAUGUUUAACUGUAGUUGUUUAAAAGCUGUUAUCUAAUAAAGCAUAUUAAUGUCUCUUGA